AAGCUAUUUAUGAAACUACCAAGUAUGCCAACCAAAUUUUUGACAAAGAAAGAGUCAAUUGAAUUAUAUUGAAGAGUUGGUGAACGUUGUUUACACAACUUCCGAUUCUCACAACCUUUUGCUAUUUGUAUUUAGGUUUUCUUCAAAUCUUCUUCAACAUUACUUCAUCCAAAACAUUCAUUCAUCGUGGAAGCUUCAGCAGUCGUGUUAUGAGAAAAACAUAUGCUUUUUGAUGUUUUUAUUUCUUGAAAGCGCGUGAUACUGUCGCUACUGAAUGCAAUUUGCUUCUACAUUUUGAAUUCUUUUUCGUUCUUCAUAAACAAAUCAACAAACAAUAUACGGCGAUUGGUUCACACUUGUUUACAUUACUGAAAACACAUGUCUGACGGAGAGUUGACGCUAUGAAUUGUUUGUUUACAUUUGGCUUUCCAGUUUAUAUAAGUAGCAGUAGUUCACAUUCUCUUCCUUAACCUUUUCCUUUCAACAUUUAGAGCAUUUCUUGUGUUCUUGCUUGAGGCAGAGGUUUGCGAUUUUUUUGUUUAGAGCUUUUUGCACAUCUAUCAAACAGUGAAUUGAGUCGAAGACUUAAUUAUUUGUUUGCAACAGAUCCAUUGGACUCAAAGCUACUCGUUUUCUUUUGAAUCUGUUCUCAAAAACAUAAAGCUGUGCGACAAAAUAUUCCGGCAUUUGUCCUUUCUCGUGAACAUUUGUAACAAACACUUCAGUCACUGAGGCUUCGGUUUUGGUUUUGAAAUCGUAUUUGUUGCAUCUUGAAAGAAAUCCAGCAGUUUCCUUCUCGCUAAAUCUAGGACUUUCUGUUUUCAAACAAGCCUGCUCCAGUCACACAUUCAUUUGGUUCGAGUAUGCAAUCAGUUUCCGCAACAAAAACCCCUUCUUCUUUUAAUACCGAAGAAGCUUCUGCUUACAUUCUCAAUCUUCUCGAUCGGCCAUCUAUUUUUGAAAAGGGAAAGUAUGCUUGGGAACAAGAUGAUUUCAUGGGCUAUGACGAUCCCCGCAAUGAAGAACUGCACAAGACAAUAGAUGCAAAUCUGCCGCCAAUCUCUUUCAAUAAAGAGACAUUCUGUCCCUCAAAGAAACCGGUCGCCUUGAAGGUCAUUCUUCCGUUUAGUAGCGCUUGCAAACGGCUUAUUCACCGACUAUCUCUUCGGUCAAGAACCAAGAAAGCAGAACGCAAAGAGGCAUCAGACGGAAUUCUUAGUAUCCUUCGCAAAAAGCUUUCCCUGCGUUCUCGCAGACACAAUCAAAAGGAGAACGGGAGAAUCAGCAAAAGGGGAGGCAAUGGUGCACUUACCAAGACUGUUAAGAGUCUCGUUGACUCGACUAACCGCGCGUGAACGACGUCGACGUCUCGAUUAUUUUCAUAUUCAUGUCCGCCUUCAUUAGCUAGUAAUGAAAUGCCCUCAGCGAGAACCAUUACCUCGGGUCAUGGUCCCGCUCUUCUCUCCCUGCCUUAUUUAG